CCCCACCACAAAGGAGGAGGCAUGGACCUCCAAUGGCGACCCUGCCGACCUCGCACCGGUCCCUCCCCCUCUACCCACAUAUAUCCCACGCGUAUAUGUAUAUAUAUAUCGACGAAUAGUGUGCGCUGUCUCUCCCAUGCUUCCUCUUAGUAGGUGCUCUCUCCCUACCUCCUCCAAUCCGGGCCCGGGCCCCUCUCUAGGAUUCUUGUUGCACGUACACACCAUGAUCUGCUACGUGCUGUGGUUAGCUGCGUGCUGCCUCCUCCUCCUCUUGUACAGCGUCCGAUUCAGGUCCCGCAUCAGCCAUGGCAACGGCCCCAGGACCUACCCGUUGAUUGGCUGCCUGGUCAGCUUCUACCAGAACCGGUGGCGGCUGCUGGACUGGUACACCGAGAUGCUGGCGGCGUCGCCGACGCAGACGAUCGUCGUGGACCGUCUGGGCGCGCGGCGGACCGUGGUGACGGCGAACCCGGUGAACGUGGAGCACAUCCUCAAGGGCAACUUCGGCAACUACCCCAAGGGGAAGCCCUUCACCGACAUCCUCGGCGACCUGCUCGGCACCGGCAUCUUCAACGUCGACGGCGAGCUGUGGUACGCGCAGAGGAAGCUGGUGAGCCACGAGUUCUCGGCGCGCGCGCUCAGGGACCUGGAGUUCGCCGUGCUCGAGGACGAGGCGCGGGAGCGCCUCGUGCCGGCCCUGGGCCUGGCCGCGGCGCGCGGCGACGCCGUGGACAUGCAGGACCUGCUCCGCCGCUUCUCCUUCGACGUCAUCUGCCGCGUGUCGCUGGGCGUUGACCCCGGCUGCCUGGACCCGGCAUUGCCGGCGCCGAGGCUGGCCGCGGCGUUCGACGCGGCCGCGGGGAUCAUCGCCAGGCGCGGCGCCGCGCCCGUGGCCGCCGUGUGGAAGGCCAAGCGCGCGCUGGGCGUGGGCUCGGAGCGCAUGCUGCGCGAGGAGAUCCGGGUCAUCCACGAGGCCGUCAUGGACCUCAUCCGCAUCCGCAAGAAGGAGCGCGGCCUGCAGGUCAACGACGCCGACGGGCGGAGGAGCGACCUGCUGUCGCGGAUGAUCGAAUGCGGGUACCCGGACGAGAUGAUCCGCGACAUGGUGAUCAGCUUCAUCAUGGCCGGGCGCGACACCACGUCGUCCGCGCUGACAUGGUUCUUCUGGCUGCUCACCCGCCACCGCGACGUGGAACGGGAGGUCCUGCGGGAGGUCACGGGCGGCGGCGGCGCGAGCCACGCCGCAGGCGGGCAGGGCAAGAUGAGCGUGCUCCACGCGGCGCUGUGCGAGACGAUGCGGCUGUACCCGCCGGUGGCGUGGGACUCCAAGCACGCUGCGGCGGGCGACGUGCUGCCCGACGGCACCCGCGUGGAGCGCGGCGACCGCGUCACCUACUUCCAGUACGGGAUGGGGCGGAUGGAGUCCAUCUGGGGCGCCAACGCCGCCGACUUCAGCGUGCAGCGCUGGCUGUCCAUAGGGGAGGACAACGCGCCCCCCGCCGCGGUGGCCGGCGUGUCGCCGUUCAAGUACCCGGUGUUCCAGGCGGGGCCGCGGACGUGCCUCGGCAAGGAGAUGGCCUUCGUGCAGAUGAAGUUCGUGGCCAGCACCGUGCUCCGGCGGUUCGAGAUCGUGCCCGUUGACGAGGGCCGCGUGCCGGUGUUCCUGCCGCUGAUGACGGCGCACAUGGCCGGCGGGCUCAACGUGACGGUGAGGAGAAGAGGGGAACCCAUUGCCGCUGCUGCUACUCCACUCGAUCCUUCUGCUGAUCCAGUAUUAUAAAUAUAUUUAACCCUCCUCAUGUAAGUACGACAAAUUAAAAUCAUGAUUAUUUAGUUCCUAUUAUACAUAAAUUAUAUAUAAUUGAAAUUCAUGAGGACACGCAAUGUUUUUGCUGCUUAUCACAGACGAUAGCAGUACACUUUUGUACCUUAUCGAUCAUGAUCAUAUGAAAGAGAUACACAGCACGCAUAUAUAUAUUUGUAGCUAUCCAGCGAAGAUACGGCCAUAUAUAAAAAAAGCCAUUUCUGUUCACAAACACUCAAUAAAUUGUAUAUCUGUCAAUAUAUACAAAUAUAUGUAUAUUGUCCACAUCACAAAUUAGAUGGAUCACAUGUGGGUGUAAGAUCAACUUCGAGAAGCCGUAAC